AGUGGUGGUAGUUGUCAAGAAACAGUUACUGACUCUGUUUUUUCAACAUCUACAAUACAACAAAUAAUAAAUGACUUUAAAUCAAAAUUAGAAAGGAAUCAGAUACAUUUGAAGGGUCAGCUAACUUUUACAGUUGGUGCAUCAGCAGUAGAUGUGGUAUUUCAUUCAAAAGCAGAAAAAAACAACCCUAUUCAACAUCAUGUUCAACAACAGCAGCUCGAAGUUAGUCCUGAGAUUUAUCAACAUGUUUCACUUGAAGCCAAAAUCAUGCCCUCAAAAACAUGUUUUGAAACACAAAAUUCUCAAGUUGGCACAAUGCUGAAAUGUUCCUCUUUGAUAACUAGUCCUCAAACCCUAGCACCAGUAAGCAACAUAAAUUUAAAUUUUAGAAAGCCUGUGUUCUUAGUGUCACAUAAUUACUUUAAAUCUGC